AUGUUUCUUCAACCUGAUUCUGAUUGUGCUGUAUAUAGUGCCCAUUUUCAAGCAACUAAUAUCUUCAACAAAGAUGUACUAACAAUCGAGGAAUUCAUAUGGGAAGGUCAUGGUUUAGUUUCUUGGAUAUUGGAAGGUCAUCAACAUACUAAUCAUCAUGUCAACGGUAAACUCUAUCAACAUCAUAUAGAAGUCAAACUCCAAUUACAUAAGGUACGACAAGGAUUUCAUUUGAUUACUUCCACUAAACAAACAAGAUCUCCAUCAUCACCUCGUUCGUCAAUGACUACUCCUGUACCAUGUUUGAAUUCUUAUGAUAAUAAUAAUAAUCAUCGUCAUAAAGUAUUGGAGACGCAUCAACCACAUGAAUCUCGAUUACCGCCUUUACUCUUUCAUGCAACCACUCCGACAUCAUCACCGAAAAGGAAACGCUCAUUAUCAUCAUCAUCAUUAUCUACAUCUUCAUCAUCAACGGAUAGACAACCAUUCUCUUCUCAUUCUACAUUUGAUAUCACCUCAGCAAAGAACACCAAUAACAACAACAAUGAAAUCAAUAAAUUGUCAACUUCUCCGCCAUUACCUGCUUCUUCUUCUUCUUCCUUUACACAAUCUAAUUUUUCUUCGAAUGCACGACGAAAAAAACGGGAUACCAAGCCACCCAAUGUUGAUGAUAUCCGAACAUUUAUUCAAAUUGAACAAGAUGAACAAGGCAAUUACUGUUUGCCUGUGGAGAUUGAUUCUUGGACCGUAUAUUCCCUUGGUCAUGUUGUUUAUGAUCGUCCUGCAUUUCAUAAUCAACGAUAUAUAUAUCCUGUUGGUUAUAAAGUGAAAAAAUGGUACAGAAGUAUGGUGGAUCCCAAAAGUGAUACUCAAUAUGUUUGUGAAAUUUUGGAUGGUGGUCAAGAACCUGUGUUCCGGUUACAAGCAGAUGAUGAUCCUUUAAAUGUUUAUACUGGACCAACUCCUACAACAGUAUGGACAAUUGCUGUUAGACAAGCAUUUGCAAUUCGAAAUAUGGAUUAUGGACAUAAUCCUGUAGGUCCUGACUUUUUCGGUUUACGGAAAAAUACAAUAGCAAAGAUGAUACAAGAUUUACCCAACGCUGACAAAUGUAGCAACUAUAUAUGGCAACAAUUCUCUGUGGCAAAUCUAGGCAAACCAGCAAAACGGCGCAUGUACUUUCCACCACAAGCAAGAUAA